AUGCCUAAGCAAAUCAACGAGAUUAAGGAUUUCCUUCUGACUGCCAGAAGGAAGGAUGCUAGGUCAGUGAGAAUCAAGAGGAGCAAGGAUGUGGUUAAGUUCAAGGUCAGAUGUUCCAAGUACCUUUACACACUCUGUGUGUUUGACGUUGAGAAAGCCGACAAGUUGAAGCAAUCACUUCCUCCAGGUUUGAGUGUUCAAGACCUUUAA